AUAAAGUAUCCUUGUUGACGCGACGCAUCCAUCAGAACUUAAAGUAUCUUUUAAUAACCAACGGAAACAACGGAGAUCUUUGUUUUGCGCAAUUCUGGAGCCUGUUUGUCGGAACUCAAGCGCAUAUAAUUAAGACUACAUAAUUGUCCCAUAUCAAUUUUGUUACCUUGUUACAAAGUACACCGAAAUAUUCAAGUUUUGCGCUUUGCCUGAUUGAAAUCAAAAUUCAAGAUGAGGAUUAUAAUGUUCUGUGUGAUCUUCCUAACGGUGUCCUUUACGUCGCACGUGUUGGCAGCUUGCCCGAAGGUUUGCCAGUGCCCAGGGACGCGCCCCAUGUGCCCGCCGGGCGUGAGCUCCGUGCCCGAUGGGUGUGGCUGCUGUAAGGUGUGCGCUGCUCAGCUUGACCAGGUCUGCUACGAGGGCCGGCCGUGCGACCACCAUAAGGGACUCGAGUGUAACUAUGGCAAUGAUGUGGGCAGCACCCACGGAAUCUGCAGGGCCAAGCAGGAGGGUCGCUCCUGUGAAUACAACGGCCGCAUGUACCAGAACGGCGAGAACUUCCGUGCCGGCUGCAAGCACCAGUGUACAUGCAUCGAUGGUGCUGUAGGCUGUCUGCCCCUCUGCCCCAGUGACCUGCCCCUGGCCUCGCCCACCUGUCCCACCCCCAGGCUUGUCAAGGUUCCCGGCCAGUGUUGUCUGAGCGUUGACUGCCACCGUGGUUCCUCGGUGCUGCCCCCUAUUUUCAGGCACCCACAGUUGCCACCUUACAUCUAUCCUCACCACCACCCAUACACUACCUACCCCAAGAACUACCCCAAGAACUACCCCAAGGUGUACCCCAAACUGAAUACCCAGAAUGGCCUGAGUAAUGAGCUGGUUGAGUUGGGGAGGAAGUGGGAGAAGCCAGACAGUCACAAACACCUGACAGCCUGGAAGAAAGCAGGCCGGCAGUGUGUUGCCCAGACAACGGCCUGGUCGCCAUGCUCUCGGACCUGUGGCAUGGGAGUAUCUUCUCGCGUAACCAAUGAGAACGCUCAGUGCAAGCUGGUGAAGGAGACUCGUCUGUGCACCAUACGACCCUGCAGCUCCAUGACUGAUCCCAUUAAGAUGGGCCGGAAGUGUUCUCGCACCCGGAAGUCUCCCGAACCCGUGCGUCUGCACUAUGCCGGCUGCCGCAGCUCGCGCCUCUACCGGCCGAACUACUGCGGCGUGUGCCGGGACGGCCGCUGCUGCUCCCCGCGGCGGACGCGCACCGCCUCCGUGCUGUUCUCCUGCCCCGACGGCGAGCGCUUCGAGAAGGCCGUCAUGUUCGUGCAGUCCUGCAAGUGCAGCGGCGAGUGCGGCCACCUGAACGAGUCCUCGCUCCCGCCUCAGCGCUGGCUCUACGGCGACACGCACAAGUUCGUCGACUAGCGCGCCCCCGCGACCUCCCCUCCUCUCCUCUCCCCUCCCCUCCCCUAGCCAGUCCCCGUUAGAGUAGAGACUAGACCAACGGCCUAAAACCGCCUUCAUUUUCACAACUCCACGUCCACAUUAGAAAGUGGGGAAAUAAGAAAAAUUGAUGCUGCACUGACUGUUCUCAGCUGAAGAAUGUAGGUGGAUGACUGAAGUCCAGGCUUCAGUGGUUCUGUUGUCUGAGCAGGUACAGGACAUGGCAGAAGGUGGCCAUUUCUCUUGAUUCUGGUCCAUAGAGGUGUUACAAGGAGUGGUGUAAAAAUGAGAUUUCAGUGAGUCAUGAAGCUCGAAGCUGAGAAUCUCUUAGCAUGAUAGACCCACUCCCAAUCAGACUACCAGUGUGUGGUGGAAUUCAUGAUGGUUGAACUACAUAUAUUUUUUAAGACAGGCAAACUUUUGGAGUGGAAAGAUGUGUCCCUUAGACAGGGCCACAGACGAGACUGAAGACUAAUAUGGGAUCAAGUACUCAUAGUCCCAUAAACUCUACAAAAAAGUUUUCAUUUUCUAAUAAAAAUGUUGAUGGUAUUUAUUGUACUGACAUAUAUAUAAAAUGACAGGCUCUUCGGCAGUUUGUGGAAGGAAACUCAUGCUUUAAUGCAAUCUUGACGGAUUCUGGGACUUCAAAACAGACUAUUACCCAGGAGAGAAGAAUGUGGCUGAGCGCCAUGUGAACUUAACUUUGACCCUGAUCACGGUGCCAGCGCUGGUACUCCUUCCUGUGUGCGUGCGGAUCCUGGCGUCAACGCGGCGCGCCGACAACUCGAAGCAAAUUACAACUCUGCCUUCUGGGAGCAGCCAGACAACCCUCUGGGUUUUGCCAUAAAAAUCCGUUUUCAAACGCCAGCGCGUGAAGUAAACGUAUAAUUUGAAAGCGAUGGCUGGGAGUGCUUUCUACGCUCUUGCUUUGGUCUGUAAUCUAGCCGGUGAUGCCGGAAGCUCAGCCACGCCUGGCCCGCGCUCACAUGUCUCUUUACGAUGCUAUGGUCUGUCUCCACCUCCUGGCUCCGAUAUACACGUUGUUCAAGGUGACAUCAGCCUGAUUUGGGAGGCCAUAGCCAACACACGAUCCAGGGCCCCUCACACAGGCUCCCUAGGGCUAGCAGGCCCGGCUCACGCCGCAACGCCUCUGCACAUUCCGGAACUCAGCUGUGCAUGAAAUUGCAUCAAAGGUUUGGUUUUUAAGAUGCAGGUGUUGUUAAAAAUGCUUAGGAAAUGUGCUGUUGUGAUUUAAAAUGUGCACCUUGCUUUGCUUUGAAUAGUAGUCAACAUUACACUUGUUACACUGUAGGGUAAAAAGGCCUUUGUCCAAAAAAUAAUGUCUAAGGAGCUACGUAAUCCGAUGACAUGACAGAUCCGAGUAAGAUGUUAGCUCCUGAUGCAUUUUAAUUCAGUGCAUUUUUGUUGAUGUCAGUUACAUCUCCUAAUGCUUUUAGUAUGGUGGCUGUUUAAUUCUGAAGUGUGUUUUGCUGUGUCUUUUUAGUCUACAAAACUAUUGUUUGGAUUUAGGAAAUUAUGGUGUUAAAUUUUUUCAUCCCAUUGUAACACAUUUUUAGGUUUAAAAACUAAAAAAAAAAAAAAAAAAAGGUCACCCUUUCAGGGAUUACAUCUGGAAAACUGAGAUGAAUUAUGCUAUACAUGUAAAGACAGGCCCUCAGUCACCCCAAAGAAAAAUGUCAUUUUUAAAUGAUGAAGGGUAGACACUGGUCUUCAUUUCCAUUUGAUGGUCAGUCGUCAUGCUGUUAACUGUUAUUAAAACAUUCUAAAUCUUAA